GGAGAACCAGUUUCUUCUCAGUCGGGUGUUAGUUGCAAAGCGCUGUGGUUGGUUUAUUUUAUAGAUCGUGGCGAUAGUUUAAAAUAAAGCAAUGGACGCCAAAGGCCAAGACGAAGCGAAGCGAAACGGUGCCGGAGGACGCCGGGGGAGUCUGUAUGCUAAUCUACAGCUUCCUACCAAACCAAGAAGGCCGCAUAUUCCCGAUGGAGAGGACAUGGGAGAGGAGAACCCACAUGAUAUGUUUGACGGGGAGUAUUUCCCUAAGGAUGUAGUGCAGAACGUGCUUAAUAACGUGAAGGACAAGGGUCACCGUAGUCACCACGUCUUCUGCCAGCUCGACACUCUUAAGAGUUUCAACGGCAACUGGGAAUGGAGAGAAACAGCAAGGUGGGUUAAAUUCGAGGAGGUUGUUGAGGAAGGUGGGAAGCGGUGGUCCAAGCCGCACGUCGCUUCUCUAUCAAUGCACGCCCUGCUCGAGACCCGCAAGAUGCUCAUGGAAGGUGCCCUCUUGCUCGACCUCGACGUCUACAGCAUGGGCGAACUUACAGACCAGCUGCUUGACGAGUGGAUCGACAACAACCACCUGGACCACAAGCUGCGCCAGUACAUGCGGGAAAUCCUCCUCCGUAAACACAAGCAUAGCCACAUUCCGCGACCCAAGGCGGAGAAGGGUGGCAAGUUAGAAACCGUCGCGAGCACGACGAGCCUGACGUCGAUGGGGUCUCACGGAAGCUCAACGGACCUCGAGGGCCUUGUCGCCUAUGACUACAAGCCUAACAGUGCGUUUAUGAAGAAGAUCCCUAAGGGUGCGGAGGUGUGUAAUAUUAUGGUGGGUGAGUUGGAAGAGCUGCAUGACCCCAUCCUUGCCUUCAUCCGCCUCAAGGAGUCCCGUACGAUGGAGGGCGUCUCAGAGGUCAAACUCCCCACACGAUUCCUGGCUUUCGUUUUUGGUCCGAAGGAUUUUGCGAACAGUCGCGAGGUGGGCCGUUGUAUCGCCACGAUGAUGAUUGACGACGUGUUCCGGGAAGUCGGGUACAAAAGUCGUAACCUGGCCGACCUUAUAGCCGGGCUGGAUGAGUUUGUCGAGCAAGUAACGGUCCUACCGCCGUCAGAGUGGAACCCCAAAAUAAGAAUUGAACCGCCACAAAAAGUGCAAUCACAAAUGCACCGUCGGAUGUCGUCGGCGCAGCUUAUCGGAUACAAGGGGGAUGAUGACGAGGACGGCGGCCACGGGGACGACCCCGCCCUUGCCAUGUCCAAGAUACCGUGUUACGGGCUGAUCCAGGACAUCAAGCGGAAGUUGCCUUGGUAUCUGUCAGACUUCAAGGAUGGCAUCCAUAUCCAGUGCCUCGCCGCAUUCAUUUACGUCUUCCUUGGCACGUUCACGCCUAACGUGACGUUCGGAGGGCUGCUCGGACAGGCCACCGACCAGUACAUGGGCGUGAUGGAGUGUAUAUUCGCGGCGGCGGUGACCGGCAUCCUGUUCGCUCUGUUUGGCGGGCAGCCGCUCAACAUCCUCGGGAGCACAGGCCCUAUGCUCGUCCUGGAAACAAUCAUCUACAACCUCUGCAAGGACAACGGCUGGGACUUCAUGCCUGCGCGGGUGUGGAUCGGGCUGUGGACGUCUCUGAUCAUCCUUCUUAUUGUAUUCUUCAACUUGAGCUCCGCCGUCAAGUACAUUACCAGAUUCACGGAGGAGAGCUUCGCCACGCUAAUCGCCGUCAUCUUUAUUGUCGAGGCUUUUAAGAAACUCUUCAGUAUCGAGACGGACUACCCAGUGAACUUUAACCAGAAAGAACAAGUGGAUGACUGCGCAUGCGUGUUUAACUGCUCCCUCGUGAACAACACCAUGGAAUACUUCUUGUCUAGCAACACGACCACCACGUCUACUAUCGGCACAAAUUUGACAUAUGUUUUCGACCAGUGCGUCAACAACACAAAUUAUUCUACUACUGGUUUAAAUGAGACUGAGUGCAACACGUUCCGGGAGGCAGAGUGGCUGUGCUCGCCCCUGUAUUCGGCGGACGUGUUUUUCUUCUCCGUCCUGCUCUUCCUCGGUACGGUUGGUAUCGCCAUCACUCUGAAGGACUUUAAGCUGUCCACCAUCUUCCCCACGUUCGUCCGCUCGCUCAUCAGCGACUUUGCAGUGCUCAUCUCCAUCAUCAUAUUCGUCGUAAUCGACGUCCUUUGCGGACUCAACACACCUAAACUCACUGUUCCCGACAAGUUUCAGCCUACUCGGAGUGACCGUGGGUGGUGGAUCAGCCCGGUGAGCGACAAGAACCCUUGGUGGAUCGCAGUGGCGGCCGUGGUGCCUGCCAUCCUUUCUGUAAUCCUCAUCUUUCUCGACCAGCAGAUCACCGCCGUCAUCGUCAACAGGAAGGAAAACAAACUCAAGAAGGGUGUGGGUUACCAUCUGGACAUGUUUGUUGUGGCGAUCACCGUUGCCAUCCACUCUCUGCUGGGCCUGCCCUGGUACGUGGCGGCCACCGUGUCUGCUCUCGCCCACAUCAACUCCCUCAAGAAGGAAUCCGAGUGCACCGCUCCGGGCGAGAAACCUUCCUUCCUGGGCUGCAGAGAGCAGCGAUUAACGGCCCUGGCCAUUGGAGUUCUCAGCGGGGCUGCCGUCUUCAUUACAAAUAUCCUAAAGGUUAUCCCUAUGGCUGUGCUGUACGGCGUGUUCUUCUUCAUGGGCUUCUCCGCUCUCAGGGGGAUGCAGUUCGUGGACCGACUGUUCCUGUUCGUGCAGCCCGUCAAGUACCAGCCAGACCUGACUUACCUUCGCCACGUGCAGCUGUACCGCGUGCAUAUCUUCACAUUUGUACAGAUCGCGUGUCUUGGAAUCCUGUGGGCCGUCAAAUCCGUCAAGAUCAUCUCCAUUGGAUUCCCGCUCAUGGUGUUGGCGACAGGCCUUGUUCGCAAGAUUAUGGAGUGCUAUUAUUCCCAGUACGAGUUGUCGUAUCUGGAUGACCUGCUCCCCGGCAAGUCGCCGGAGAAACCGGACGACAAGGAAACCAUCAUAGGGAGGGUGAACUACGCGUUCGACACCGAGCCGGUGUUAGCGGUGAACGGGCAGGAGAAGAAGCCUGUCUUCUUUGUGGACGAGCAGGAUGACGAGCACAAACUCAACAACGCCACCUCACACCUGUAGAUAACACACGCAAUAAAAAAAACGUUUUUAGUGGCGCAGGCAGAGGAUUGUGGGAGUUUAAUACCGUGGACGUUUUUAACAUUUUAACGUUGUUACUAAGUUUGCACAUCUUAGGUAUCAUAUGUACGUGAAUGUUGUGUGCCUGGUGAACACCAAUUAAUCUGGUAGUAUUAAUUUGGAAAGUGAUUUAUUAGUAUUUUCUGAAUAUGUAAAACAUUUACUGAAACGCAAGGACAAAGAAGAUAGUUUGGCCUUGUUACAAAAUCAGCUGCAAAAUAAUUAACAAUAACCUCGACUGUAAAGCAAUUUAGUCGUACGGGGUUACCACGCAUCAACAUUUAACAUAGCACUUAAAUACAACAAGUUCGAUUGCAUGUCGGUUACUUAAAAAAGAAGCUAUAUCGUGUGUUACAGUUCACCGUGAUUGAGCACAUCAACACCUGUAAUGUGUAUGUUCAUGUUCUCAACCAGUUUCAUCUUAGUUGGAUUAGAACAUGAUACACAUGCAAGUUUCUGUGAUUUGCUUCCAUCUAGUUUUAUAUUAUACGUAGUUUUGAAAUCCAGAUUUGUAUUUUAAAUAUUUGAUUUUACAUUUACAGUCAUGAAUACUCAUAUUGUAAAUAUUGUUGAUCAUGUCAUUCAUUUUGUGAGCUUUUGUGCAAUGCAAAAUUAUUAUCAAUUUUAGUUAAUUCAUCAAGUAAUAAAUAAUAUAUUUUAUUUUUAAAAGUCGUUUACAAUAUGGUCAUUCCGAUAAUUUAAAACGCUACUUUCAUUUGUUUGAUUAAUCAUCGAAAACAUGUACAUACACUUGAAACCUAAGUUGAUUGUAUCGACCUGUAAUCCAGAGUUUUCACCUCCAUUUCACCAUUUCGAUUGGCACUUUUAAACAAGAAAAGGAGAAAUGUCAACCCACGAAGGUUUUACUAUAUCCGUUGCGUACUGUACAUUACACAUGUAUUCUGAAACCUAAUUGAAAUAAGUUCAUAUAAGGGAAUAUAUUUAUAUAGUAUAUUUUUAAAAGCAAACACAAUAAUACAAUUGCUUGAUACUGGUACAGUACAAAACCAUUUUAUGUAUUCAUCGAGUCCCUUUAUCAAUGAGCACGGCUGUAAAAGCUGGUUUUGAAAUAAAGUAAAAAAGAUUA